AUGGAGAGCCACGGUCGACUCAGAAAUCUCUAUAAAGAGAUGACAGCUAUGGCACAGCACAUGAUAGUUAAUACGUCUAAUUUCAGAAGCAAAGAAGCUGAGACAGCCAGCCUCAAAAACCAGUUAAAAGAUCUCCAGAGAUGCCUAGAAAGUAUGAUUCAUAACCAGAAUCAAGCUGAUACAUACUUUAAUCCUCUUGGAAGUAUGCCAUCAGGAUUUUCUAUGUAUCAGGGAUCCUACUCCCCAGGUUUUCUCUCUGGUUAUCAAGAACCUAAGACGAAGACAUCUCUCCCAGGAUUCUUAUCAUCCGACGAAGCUUUCACAUCUCGAUAUGGCACACCAUCGGCUAGUAAUUUCAAAACAAAGCCGACUCGUGCGAAACCAAGAAGACAAAAAGAAUCAGAAUUCCUAGCAAAUCCAACAAAGAGACCAACUCUAACCUCCUCCUCAAGUCACAAAUCUAUUGAUGAUUCAAAGAAGAAAGAGAAGGAUAUUGGGAUAAUCGAAUUUUCGAUGUCUAACCUACUCGAUACUAUCGGCCAAACUUCUAGAGAAACGACGCCUCGAAGACAGGACCAAACACCUCGAAUCAGCUCAACGCAACCAAUCGAGAUGAUCAACCAUUUUUCUGACACGAGUUCUGAUAGCUAUGAGGAUAGUUCAGAUGAGGAGUAA